AUUUACCCAAAUGGGUAGCCCCACUUUUUUAUUUUUUAUUUUUAAAUCUCAUUUCUGAAUCCUAACUGAAAUAACUAAACUCUUGAAAAAAUAAAACCAGCUAUUGAACGUCCCCGUUUCAUUUAGGCAGGUUCUGGAGAUGCGUUAGUAACUGUGGCUGUUAGAGAAAAACCAGGCCUAUAAGAGAUAUAUUUAAUUUAGCCCUAAAUUAGAGACCUUCGGAGGUUGGGGGGGGGUCUUUGGUGCUCUCUUGAGCUUGGCUUGUUAGUUUCACGGCCCAACUAGGGUCCCAUCCUCAGGGCCUUCCCUGAUGUUUUGGGGUUGAAUCCAGAUGUUCCCCAGGCAGCCAGAGGCCGAUCGUUGUAGAGCGACGUAUCUGGAGGAUCAUAGAUCACCUGAGCCAAGGCAUACUUUAGGAGAGCUUGAUGGGUCUCUUGAGGAGCCUAUGGCGGCCUUGGUUACUGAUACGAGUCUUUGUGAUUUGAACAGGAGAAAUGGCCACAGAGGAAAGGCAGGCCCUGCUCGGUUCCAAGGAGCAGAAGGAGAAUUGGCAGCAACCCACUGAGCACCAUCCAAUCACAGACAACUAUCUAAGAUCUUAAGGGAUUCCCUGCAGUUGUUAAGUUAGCGACACGUUGUUCGAGCGACACGUCGUUGAGUGAAUCCGGCUUCUCCCUAUUGCCUUGGCUUGUCAGAAGGCUGCAAAAGGGGAUCCCGUGACCCUAGGACACCGCAAUCGUACCAUAUAUCUGAACCAGUUGUCAAGCGUCCCGGUUUUGGUCAUGUGACCGUGGGGAUGCUGCAGUGGUGGUAUUCAGCCGGUUCGAUCCGGUUCGGGAAAACCGGUUGCAGCGGCUGCAGGUGGCUCUGCCAACCCUCCUGGACAUAAUCAUGUCCCAUUUAUCCACGUUUUUGACACUGCGCAUGUGUGGAGGAGGUGCGUGCGCGCAAAGCGUGCACACUCACAUUUGCGAAAUGGUAGCGAAGGUAAAUGUUUCCAAUACCUUAUGGAGAGAAAGGAGUUUGAAGCAUGGCUUGAUAAUCUUUCUGUCACGUUUCUCUCUCUGCUGGACUUGCAGAAAAAUGAGGCACUGGAUCACCUGAUUGCCUUGAGCGGGGCCGCUCAGCUCAAGCACCUCUCCAACAACCUCGAGGCGCUUCUCAAACGGGACUUCCUCAAACUGCUCCCGUUGGAGCUGAGUUUCUAUUUGCUAAAAUGGCUCGACCCUCAGACCUUACUCACCUGUUGCCUCGUCUCUAAGCAAUGGAACAAGGUCAUCAGUGGCUGCCUGGAGGUGUGGCAGACGGCCUGUCGGAACCUCGGCUGGCAGAUCGACGACUCGGUUCAAGAGGCCCUGCACUGGAAAAAGGUCUACUUGAAGGCCAUCCUGAGGAUGAAGCAGUUGGAGAACCACGAGGCGUUUGAGACCUCCUCGUUGAUUGGACACAGUGCCAGGGUUUACGCACUUUACUAUAAAGAUGGACUCCUUUGCACAGGCUCAGACGACUUGUCGGCCAAGCUAUGGGAUGUGAGCACGGGUCAGUGCGUCUACGGCAUCCAGACCCACACCUGCGCGACGGUCAAGUUCGAUGAGCAGAAGCUGGUCACCGGCUCGUUCGAUAACACCGUAGCCUGCUGGGAAUGGAGCUCGGGAGCCAAGACCCAGCAUUUCCGAGGCCACACCGGGGCAGUUUUCAGUGUGGAUUACAACGAUGAACUGGAUAUCCUGGUCAGCGGCUCAGCGGAUUUCACAGUGAAGGUGUGGGCCUUAUCGACCAGCGUCUGCCUCAACACGUUGACCGGACACACGGAGUGGGUCACAAAGGUGGUCUUACAAGAGAGCCAAGUCAAAUCUCUCAUGCAUAGCCCUGGAGAUUACAUUCUUUUAAGUGCGGAUAAAUAUGAAAUCAAGAUCUGGCCAAUUGGACGAGAGAUCAACUGCAAAUGUUUGAAAACCUUGACCGUUUCUGAGGACCGGAGCAUCUCUCUGCAGCCUCGGCUCCACUUCGAUGGGAAAUACAUUGUGUGCAGCUCGGCGAUCGGGCUGUACCAGUGGGACUUCGCCAGCUACGAUAUCCUUAGGGUUAUCAAACCACCUGAAUUUGCAAACCUGUCCCUGCUGGGCUUCGGUGACAUUUUCGCCCUUCUGUUUGAUAAUCAUUACCUGUACAUCAUGGACCUGAGGACAGAGAAAAUGAUCAGCCGUUGGCCGCUGCCGGAAUAUCGGAAGUCGAAGCGGGGUUCGAGCUUCCUGGCGGGAGAAAUGGCUUGGCUGGAUGGCUUGGACGGUCAAAACGAUAUGGGCUUGGUAUUUGCUACCAGCAUGCCGGACCACAGUAUCCACCUGGUUUUGUGGAAGGAACAUGACUGAACUCCAGCGGACGGACUCUGGGAGGUGGAUUUAUAUAUAUAUAUAUAUAUAUAUAAAUAUAUAUAUUAAAAUAAUAAUAAUUAAAGAAAAAAAGAGACCGGAGACUGCCAGCAACGAAUCCGAGGGACGAUGCUUUGCAUGAACCAAAGUUAACACGAGGUUUCAUCCUGCAACGCACAAUCGUUUUGUGGUUUGUUUUGUUUUUUGUUUGUUUUUUUAUCAUUUCACACACACACACACCCCCGAUGCCAUUUUGGAGAGGAGGGGGACGGAGAAGAUGAACCAAGCCCCCUCCCAACACACACACACACACACACAAAGAAGCCUGUUAAAUUUCUUUUUCUCAGAAUGAAGGUAUAUCAGCAGCUUGACUGUUUCCACCGUUGGCUUUCUCUCUCUCACACACACACACACACAUAUAUAUCUAUAUAUAUAUUCGUGUUCAAAUAUAUCCAUUUGAGCAUAUUUUGUGACUGGUUUGGGGUUUCUUGGGGGUUGGCAGGAGAUAAAAACAACAACGGUUCAAGGCCAGCCUAUGGAAAUCCAUUUCUUUCUUCCCACUUCCUGUUUGGAGGGGGGAAAAAAUUUAAUUCGCUUGAUCUUUUUUGUUGGUUGGUUGGUUUUUAAACCGGCUCUGAUUCCCCGCCAUUAUGUAAGAUUUGAAUACUGGUAGUCCUUGACACGAAUACUGGUAGUCCUUGACACGCAACUGAGCCCCGAAUCUCUGUGGCUUGAGUGAGACAGUUGAUGAAUGAAUUUUGCCAGUUUUUUUUACCACCUUUCUUGCCAAGGGUUGUUAAGUGAAUCGCUGCGCUUGUUGAGUUAGUCCCACGGCUGUUAAGUGAAUCGGGCUUCUUCCCCCAUUGACUUUGCUUGUCGGAAGGUCGCCAAAAGGGGAACACACAGCAACAGUCGUAAAGUACCGGUCAGUUGCCAAGCAUUUGGAUUUUGAUGGCGUGUACGUGGGGGAUGCUGCAGCGGUCGUAAAGAUGAGUCGGUUGCCAAGGGCGCGAAUUUUGAUCACUUGACCAUGGAGAUGCUGCAACGGGGCGCGGGGGGCAUUGAAUUAUGGGUGUGGGCACAGGCACGCGCGACCCAUCCGUGCUUCCCCCGCUUCUGGCACGCAACAGCAAAAAAGCAGCCUGCAAUUACUGCAGGUUCAAGCCCUGUAAUUGCAGCAGCCUGCAAUUACUGCAGGUUCAAGCCCGGCCCGAGGUUGACUCAGCCUUCCAUCCUUUAUAAGGUAGGUAAAAUGAGGACCCAGAUUGUUGGGGGGGCAAUAAGUUGACUUUGUAAAUAUACAAAUAGAAUGAGACUAUUGCCUUAUACACUGUAAGCCGCCCUGAGUCUUCAGAGAAGGGCGGGAUAUAAAUGUAAAUAAAUAAAAAAAAAAAAGCUAGCCAUCACUGCCAUAUGCACACAACUUCAGAAAUUUAAUGAGCAGUGUGUCAGCUUUUUUGUUCACUUCUCUGCAUAUGGAAAUUUAAACCGGGCCGUUCUUGCAGAAGAGCAGAAAAUAAGAUAAGAAAAUAAGAAUUUUUUUCCCGCCGAAGAGACGAUUUGUCAGAUCAGACGAGCUCUUGGAAGGAGCCAAGAUGGUAGCUUUUUGAUUCCAGCACUUUGUGAACAGAAGACUUAGUGACAGGAAAACAACAGGUCCUAUAAGGCUAGUCCUCGGCUUAUGACCACAGCUGUGCCCAACAUUUCUGUCAUUAAGUGAGCCAUUUGUUAGGUGAGUUUUGCCCCCAUUUGAUGACUCUUCUUGCCACAAGGGAAUUGCUGCACUUGAUAAGUUAUUAUCACGGUUAUAUAAUAAGUUGUUAUUGACGGUUGUUAAGGGAGUGCCUUUGAUUUUGCUCGUCGAAAGAUCGCAAAAGGGGGUCACACAGCAACAGUCAUAAGUACCGGUCAGUUGCCAAAGCAUCUGAAUUUUGAUCGCGUGUACGUGGGGGAUGCUACAAAGGUCGCAAUUGUGAAAAACAGUCAAAAGUCUCCUUUUUUUUCCUCCCCCAGUGUCGUUGAAACCGAACUAAUUUACUGAAGUCACUAAAUGAACCGUUGUAAGUCAAAGACUACCUGUACUCCAGAGUUUGAUGGAACUGCCCAGUAGGAAUUUUCCUCGGGAAGAGAAAAUUUGAAGUCGGGAAAAGCAAGUUGACUGCAGCUUGGCGCAAAGUAGGGUGAGGAUUAGAUUAGAUUAGGAAGAUUCCGAGAAUGGUGUUGAGUCUGCAGUUAAAUGACCGUAAUCCUUCAAACGAAGAUUGAAAAGGAACAUCGGUUAUUUGAUGACUUUUUUUAAGAUUAAGAUUAAAGAUGUCUUUAAUCUGUUUUCAGUCUCAUAGUGGAUGCUGACUUUUACAUUGGAUUCUUUUAAA